CGUGAAGAGUCGUGCUGCAGCAAGUCCAGCAUAGUGAAUGGAAAGCAGCUCGUUUCGAUUUCUGUCGGGGGUUCUCGGGUGCGGAUGUGGUCUGGGCAGUGAUCCUGGGUGUACUGCAGCAGACGUGUUGACUUGAUCGACAGCUCCUCCACUCCCACUCCGCUGACUGACACCAGCCAUGGAGCUCGAGGCAGUUGCUGUGGGUAACCUGAUCGAUUUCGACGUGUCGCCGUGUCCCGAGGGGAUGCCGGGCGCCCUUCCCGGCGCUCUCGCCGGGAUGGACUUCCAGCAGCCGCUCCUCCCCGAGCCGCUGGCGCCUAUCCUCGGCUCCGACGGCGACCGCGGCAACGACAGCGAGGCGACAGAGUCGGCGGACAGCGAGAACGAAGGAGCGGAAUCUCCCUCCCACCCCUGGGGCUCCUCCCGCCGGUCCUCCUCGUCCAGUCACAGCACGGAGGAGGGCGGGGCCGAGGUGGCCGAGUGCAAGGAGUUCAUGAAGGCCUACGUGGAGAAGGUGUUCCAUGGCAGGGGGGAGUUUGAGCAGGAGGAGAAGGCUCGCUUUGGAGAGCUGUGCAGUGGAGAAAAUGCAAAAGGACGGGAAUGGUUCGCCAAGUACGUCAGUGCACAGCGCUGCAACUCCAAGUGCGUGUCAGAGCAGACCUUCUACAGGCUGGUCCAGUCGUUUGCCGUCGUUCUCUUUGAGUGCUACCAGAUGGACGACUACAGCCCAGCCAAGAACCUGAUGACAAUGUGCUUCACAUACUAUCACAUGGGCAGGUCCCAACUGUCCCCCACGGAGCUCCUGGAGCGCCCUGCGAGCGGCAUCGACUCCUACCUCCGCAGCGCCAACUCAUGGCUGUCAGGCAAGAAGGACAUCGCCGAGCGACUGCUGAAGAACACAUCCGCCAAGACCGACGUCAAGGGCUUCUUUGGCGGCCUGGAGAGCAAGCUGAGGGGCCCUUCCGCACGCAAGACGGGAGAUGCAGAAAGCCCGGCCGAAGAAAAGCCCAAAACACCUGUGUCUCCUGAGUCUCCUGAGGAAAACAAGGGGGAGAAGAUCUACCUGUACACACACCUGAAGCAGCAGCCCAUCUGGCACACCUUGAGGUUUUGGAACGCAGCAUUUUUUGAUGCUGUCCACUGCGAGAGGAAAAAGAGGUCGCCGACAACAAGGCGGACGUCCGAGGAAGAGAAAGGAGAGAGGGAGAAAUGGUGUCACAUGACUCAAGAGGAGAAAGAGGACAGCUCAAGGUUCGAUGAGAACAUCACCUUCGGCCAGCUGGGGACGUUUACACACAACAUGCUGGCCUUUGGUCUCAGUAAGAAGCUCUGCAACGAUUUCCUGAAGAAACAGGCCGUCAUCGGGAACCUGAAUGAAGAACAGUACAAGCUGCUCAGUGACCACAUUGAGCAGAUGGCUACAGAGUGAUGUGGACCUGCCCUGCUCAACCUCUGAAGACCACCUGGCCUACAUCUGCUUACCCCUGCUCAAAUCCACUUCCUCUCGCUCAAUUCCCUUUCCUCCUGUUCACUUUGACUUCCUUCUGCUUAGCUAUAUUUCCUCCUGCUCACUUUGACUUCCUCCUGCUUAGCUCUAUUUCCUCCUGUUCACUUUCACUUCCUUCUGCUCAGCUCUAUUUCCUCCUGUUCACUUUGACUUCCUUCUGCUUAGCUCUAUUUCCUCCUGCUCACUUUGACUUCCUUCUGCUUAGCUCUAUUUCCUCCUGUUCACUUUGACUUCCUCCUGCUCAGCUCUGCUUCCUCCUGUUCACUUUGACUUCCUCCUGAUCAGCUCUGCUCCCCCCUGCUCACUUUCACUUCCUCCUGAUCUUUACUUCCACUCAUUCCCCUCUGCUCUUUUCCACCCCACCUGCAUCAACUCCGCUUGCUACCGUUUCCUCUGGGUCAGCUGCUCACCCAUACUUCCUCCUUCCUAUGUCUUCCUUCUCUGAUAUACGAUAUACCUGCAACCUGAUCGGGCCUGUUCCUAAGUGACCCAUAGCUGCAGUCCUGAGGUAGGGAAGGGAGAAAGAAAGAACAAAAGAUAAAUAAAGAGAGAGAAAGAAAGAAAGAAAGAAAGAAAGAAAGUGAGCAGGGGCUGUUGGUGACAGGAAGCUCACACAGUGUUCCAGGUAUGAUUCUGAUUAAAGCUUGCAGGACCAGUGUUUCCCCAUUCCUGCUCUGACAGACUGUGCCCUCAGUAUGCUGGCAGCUUUCCACAUGCCCUCACUUUAACUGCAUCAUCCGCCCUGUCCCAAACUGACACACUGAAGCAUCAGCUGGUUGGAUACUGAUUGCAAGUUGUUACAGUUGCAAAGGUCACCUGAUUAAUCUGUCCAAUCCCAACAAGAUGUUUUCCCCUCCCUUUUUCUUCUGAUUGGUGGAUACUUGUGCAUUGGGUUUUGGGUCAGAACUACCCCCCUCAGAACUACCCCCCUCCUCAAUGUAUCACGCGAUAGAAAAGGCACUGUAUGUAUUUUAAUUUGUUUUUGUUAUGGUUGUUAUCAGUACUCCGAUGUGUUUCAGGGGAAUGCAUGAAAGAAGAGCCACUCCGUUCUGUUCAAAGUGCCUUUGAUGCAUCAGAAGGUACCUCUCUGUGGAGUUAUUUUAGAUGCAAGCUUCAGUGUUAAAAAGGAUGGAUCCUCCUUUUCCUGCUGAUUGGUGAUUGAAAGAGAAAACAUGUUAAACAGUGGAACAAUGAGUCCUAUCUCUUUUUCUCCUUUGUGUGUGUGUGUGUGUGUCUGUGCGCGUGCAUGAGAGAGAGAGAGUAAGAGAGUGUGUGAUUGUGAGUGCCCUUUGUAAAUUCUCGAAAUUAACAUGUAACCAUGUGUUAUGCAAAUAGGGCAUGAUCCCUGGUCGAGCAUUCAGUGUAUUUGCAGAAAUCAGGCCACUAGGGGCCAAUAACGGCACUUCUCAGAGAAGCCCAUUAAAACUGGCUGUGUAAAUGACGGUUUAGUUUUUCCAAUGGGUUCAUACUUUUCAAAUAUCAGACCUCCAUUUUCUGCUUCUCCGUCUUUGAGGAGCAAGGGCACUUAUAUAAUGUACAUGUGCUGAUUCUGUAGGAUGUACAUGUUUUAACCAACAAAGGAAAUAUUAUCAUUUUCGUGCCCUGAUGGCUCUUGCAAUAAUCUUGGACAGGUUAAAGGGACGAACUGAUUUCUUACUUGUUUAUUUAUUCGUAGUAAUGAAAUUGAUUUAUACGUAUCUGCUGUACCUGUUUUAAUGUGUAUAUAUAAAAAUGUGUGAAUAUAUUUUGUGCGUGCAAAGUCCCGUUGUUGCCUUUGGCUUCUCACCAUAACUCCUCUUGUCAAUUUGUCAGUGUGCAGUUUUGGAAAAGACUUUGGUGAAUCUGAUGCAUGUUUUAAUCCUAUGUACUUAGCUGUUUUAUCUAUGGCGUCAUGUCGAAGAAAGUGUAAAUCCAUAGAUGUUACAAAGUUCUUAGAUAUGACUUUCUGUUCUGUGGGCCACUGGCUUCAUAGUAGAAACAAUGUAGUACAGUACAAACCCGACUGGCCCACAGUUUUACCAUAGAGAUAUUAAAGUGACAUGCUGCAAGAGUGUAUGUUCGCUAUGUAGACAAUGUACUUGUUGUUCUAUGGUGCUGUAGUUUGUAGACAUACUCAAUUUGCUGAAGCCGUUGCAUAUAGCCGUGCAUUGUGUAGGUGUGUGUUUUAUUAAUGUGUUGUAGCUGUGUUGUGUUACUGUCCUCCUUGGUUACCGCCAGUCCCUCCAUUCAAGUCAUUGGUCUUGUCAUUGUUGUCUGCUUGUGUUGUUGUCAAGGGAAUGCCAUCAAUCUCUUGUUGCCAUGCAAACACCAUGUCUUGUUACCUGAUAAGAAAAAGCAUAAGUCUCUUGUAGCUAUUGGAAAAUUCUCACAUUUGUGUUUUUGCUAGCUGCUAUGGGAAGACCUGCCCCCUGGUCUUGUUGCUAUAAGGCAUCCCCUCCAGUAGAGGGCAGAGUAAUAUUCUAUAGGAAGUACGACUAAGCGUAUGUCCUAUGUGCUGUCACGUUAUCCUCCUGCAUCAUGUCAUAUCUCAGAAUGCACAAUGAUCUCUGCAUGGAAGGUCAUACUAAUCAAAGCAAACCAUGAUUAUAAAGAUGUAUUUUUGUGUGUCAAAUCUGAUGCAAGUUUUAGAAACAGUCACGUGUUGAAAUAAAAUUAUUUUGUAACAUGA